AUGAUUUUGAGUUUCUUUCCAGGAAUCACAGAUGAAAUGUUCACGGUGCAACAAGCUGAGAUAUCACAGACUGUAACAACUGGGGAAACACUUGUCUUGAGUUGCAGUGUACCAGAUUCAUUUCCAAAUGGACCCGUCCUAUGGUUCAAGGGGACUGGACCAAACCAUGACUUAAUCUACGAUUUCAAAGGAGGUGUUUUUCCCAGAGUAAAACAAAUUGGAAACGCUGCUGAAGCUGGCAACAGAGACUUUUCCAUCCGCAUCAGUGAAAUCUCUCUUGCAGAUGCCGGCACCUACUUCUGCAUGAAGUUCAAGAAAGGGAAACCUGACAUAGAGUACCAGUCAGGUCAGGGCACCAAGGUGACUGUUAUUGGUGAGAUGUCUCCUCUACACCUUGGUGUAUGA